AUGACGUCGAAGCAGGAGCAAAUACUUGAUUACGAGCAUCAGUCCAUUUUCUACGAUGGAUUCACGUUCCUGAAGCCCGUCGGCAGCCUCAUCGGCGUCGGCGCCGACAAGGUACUUUUCCGAGUUUCAGAACUUUUUUUCGGUUAGCCUUGGUGAAAAAAAGUCUCCUUCGGUUCAUGUUGUUUUUUAAAAACGACCGUAACAUAGUUUUUCUUGUGUUUUCGCUUCGAGACUCUUCAAAAACAGACUGCAGGAACACAGGUCUCCAAGCGAAAAUUGGUGUAUUGUGUUUUAGGUGAAAAAAAAAAGACUCACUGGCCUGAAGUAAGAUUUUAAAAGGCUCAAACUCAACAUUUGACCAAAAAUCGAAGCUCAAGGUACAUUCAGAAAAAUUUUAAAAAUUAUUGGAGGUUGUAGAGUAAAAAAAAACGGAAAAUCAGUGUUAUAGCAUCUCAACAAAGAGAGCUUGAUUCUCGAUUACAACAAAAAUUCUUUUUUACCUUUAUUACUUUCAGGUGAACUUUCUGGUAAGCUUGGUCAUCGCGAUGUUUUUCGCGCACUGGUUCCGCAAGAACCUUGGCUCCGCGAGCCGCGCAACUCGCGCCAAUGCCGCCAGCGCCGUCGGAUUCCUCCUCUGCUACUUCUGCUACGGAAAGUUGGUCUGAAGACCUUCCUCCAGAGGGAAAUAUUCUGCCAUAGAGCCACGCUGCACUUGGUGCUCAACGCCGUGAUCAGCUACGGAAUCAUCGUGCUGACCGACCCUAGAAGAGUCCACGUCAACGUUUUCCUCUUCUCGAUGGCCUAUCUCAUGUGGAUCCACGGAUAUCGAUGGCUUUAUCAGCGCGGAUACUGCCUCGACAUGACCGGGUCCAUGAUGGUCGCCGUCGGAAAAGUUUCUUUUUAUGGGUUUAGCAGUGAAAAUGAAGCUUCUUUCAAGGUAACCUUGUUGGCGGCGUCGGUUUACGACGGCAAGGGGAGAGAAGACAAGACCGGCAUGACUCACGGACAAAUCAAAGAUGCUGUCAAGUCUUCACAAUAUUCAAAAAUCACUAUUCAAAAAGAUUUUCAGAGAGAUUCCCUCCUUCCGCGAUUAUUUUUCGUACAUGUUCAAUUUUCAAGUUAGUUGGUUUUAUAAGCAUAAUUUAAUCACAAGUUUUCGUGAAUCUCACUAAAAAACUGACUUGAAUGUUGAAAAAUGCAUAACUUCCUAGUUUUCUAAGAUUGUACCUUUUCGAAAUUAGAGGCUGCGAUUCUUCAAAAAUCGAGAGAUCAUUAUGAUAUGAUCUAAUAUAUCAGAGUAUUUUGUUUUUCAGAAAAUUGGAGAACCCAGACUAAAGCAAACUUCCUUUAUUGGGUUAAGGCUGCGCCCGACUUUUAGCGACUUUCUUUGUUUUCGCAGGAUACCACAAAGUGACGUGAAGUCACUUGUCGGAAGAAAUUAUUUGAAUCAUUAACGAAUCACUAGUGACUUUGCCUUACUUGAAAUCAAAUCCCUUUCAAUUACUGUAAAUCGAGGCCGUUCCAGUCAGUUUUGUGUGGACCAAUGCACAACUACUCGGACUACUCUAAAUUUCUGGACAAUACUCACGUCAAGUUGGCCGAGGGCAAAGUGAUUUAUUUUCUGAUGGAUUUUUUUUGAAAAAUGAUCAAUUGAUAGGAUGCUGAUCCGACCAACGUUGCAAUCCGAAAAGCUCAAGUUGGACUGGCUUUUCUUGCCGUCUCAGUUCUUCUGGGAAAAUACGACGUCGCUAUUUUGACCACACCUGCGUCAGUACUUUUUUUCUUUGUUUGUGAUAGUUUUUAUUUUCAGCUAUCUGUCUUUGCCUCUUUGGCGCUGGUGUCUCUGGUGGGUCUUCAACACGUUUGUCGCUCGAACCGGAUACUAUUUUGCGUGGAUUUUUGGUGAGAGUCAAUUGAAACAAUAAUAAAGGUGCUAAAGUUGGAUGAUACAGCUUUGCAGUUCUAAAUGAACUUUUUAGGCAACAGUUAUGUGGCUGAAAAGCUCCAUUUCCAUAAAAAUUAGUAGAAGAAAAACUGUAGCCCACAGCGUUUUCAUAAGAGCGGCCAGUGGGCGUGGCUUUGCGCAAUUGGCGCGCAGUCAUAGGAGAUGAUUCUCCGUGUAGAUUUACGCUCCUACAUUGAUUUUGUUAAGUGUUAAACUCUGUAAAGCUGCUUCUUUCUAAGAAGAUCGUACGAAAUGUUGAUUAUUCGUUAUUCAGAAAGCCUAUGUUUUCAAAAAAUCUUAAUUUUUGUUCUUCAAAAAAAUCCACUUUUGAGAAUUUAGCUGACGGCAUCUGCAACAUGUCGGGCUUUGGCUUCAGUGGAUACGAUAAAAAGACGAAUUCGGCCAAGUGGGACCUCACCACCAAUGUUCGGCCGAUGCACGUUGAAGUUUAUCCAUUUCUGCGAGUAUUCGAAAAAAAAAAAGAAAAGUUUAGCUGGGCUUGAACUACAAAGAGAUGGUGGACAACUGGAACAUCCUCACGGUCGCCUGGCUUCGCCGAGUCGUUUACGAACGCGUCGACCACAAGUUUGAUUUCAUAGCUGAAUUACGGCUGGCUUGAGCCAUCGAAAAAAGGGUCCUAACGCGAUAAAAAUAAGGGCGUCUGCGUGGUGGAGAGUGCAGACAGGAUCUUCUCGGUUAAGAAAUUAGGAACCGUUUAAUGCUCAACUGGGACCUCGGUAACGCAAACCAGACGCGCCCCGGACAUUUCUGAGCAUUUCUAGUGAUACCUUUAGCGGCGUCAGAACUCUAAAGUGAUUCCUACAAAUGCUCAUAAAAGUCAGAGGCGCUUCCGGUUACAUUGCCGGGGUCCACGUCUGAUAUUUGUUGGGCUUUUAUGAAAUUUGACGCGCAGGUACCGAACUGUAGCCGUUUAUGUCGCAUCGGCAGUUUGGCACGGCUUCGCCGCCGGAUACUACUACGCUUUCUUGACGGGAGCACUUUUCACCCUUUCUGCGGCUAUGGUGAGUUCAAAAGAAGUGGUAUGAGGAUUUUCCUUCCCGGCGUUUUUUCGACGACGCCACGCUCACUUUUUCUCCGUAAAGUGUAGUGUGUAGUGUGCGUGCACUGCGCCGCGCAGAAAAUUGCUUUUGUUUUAGAGUUUUGGAUCCUUCUUAAAGACCUCUGGCAAUACGGCGGCCUGCGCCUUUAAUAUGCCCUGUUAUUUACGUUUUUAGAGCCGGAAUCUCUGCCUUUCCCAUGGUGUCGCGUGGGAACGGCGGAUAUUCUGGCUCCGCCCACCGUUUUUUUUUCUUUCAAGAACUGCAUAUGAUGCAAAAAAAAAGUGUUUGUACGAAAAUUCGAGCUCUUUGUUCAUCUACAGGUCCGCCGAUGCGUUCGACGGUUUUUCCUGGCUGAUAGAACGACCAAAUUCGCCUACGACGCCGUCGGUUUCGUCGCCUGCAGAAUCGCCAUCAGCUAUGUCGGCUACCCUUUCUUCAUCACUGACUUUUGGCCGGGACUGUACACUUAUCGGUGGGUUGCUUUAUUCUAUCAUUUGUUAAGGCUCUUAGAAAAAGUCUGAAAAAUAUCGAAAAAUUUCCACAGUCAAGUUUUUAAUGAUUUUGAUUUAUAUAACUUUUGAAAACAUGGAUCUAUCCUUUUUUUCAGACGUCUCUACUUCAUCCCGCACUUGUUGGCCUUUGCUGGCUAUUUUGUCCUUCCCUUGAUUUUCCCGCCCCCUUCUAAGUCCGUCGACACUUGUUCUUCAAAAACAAAGGUACCCAAAACUGAAAAAAAAUUGAAAAAAAUUCUGAAAGUCUAGAAAUAUCAAAUUGGUGUUAACUGAUAGCGUGUUUUCUUGAGCUGCUUAGGGACAUCAGAGUGGUCACUUGAGGGUCAACCUUAGGGGCUCUUGAAUGUCCUGCUCUCGGAACUGAUCUUUUGGGCCAGUGAGGUUUGCAAAGGUGGCCCCUAUAGGGGACAUGCUAGUCGAUUAUUGUUUUGAAUUCUGUGAAAAGAAGCAUUUCCAUGCGCAAAAUUUAAUAAAAAAGCAGUUUUCGAAUGAAAAAUAUCAACAGGACUAAUCGAUCAAAUUAUACGAAUUACGUCGUUUUAAUUUUCAAGUAAGAAAAAAAGGCGUUCUUUCUUAACCCCUCUAGUGACCACUCUAGUUCCCCGAAAUGAAAAUCAAUAUAUUUUGACACCUGCAAAAGUUUCAGCAAAGAGCAACUGAAAUUUACAGAAAAAUUGACUUCAUUUUUUUCUUGUCCAACGUUUUUGAUUUUCAGUCGGAAAACUCUAUCAAGACGGGUUGUUUCACUCCAACUUCCACCACUGGUCAAUAA